AUGGAGAUUACAUUGACAGUGCUAAUAAUCCUCUCUCUCUUAAUCUCCACAACCUCCGGAAAAUUCAAUCUUACGCACCGAUCACCGGGCCAGAACUUAUGCACUGAGGUCAUCCAACCCGUCGGUUACCCUUGCACCGAACGCACCAUACAAACGAAGGAUGGUUACUUACUAGCACUUGACCGUGUUUCAUCACGUAAUGGGAAUCCAGGGAUGCAACGUGGCCCUCCUGUUUUGCUUGUACAUGGAAUCUUUAUGGCAGGUGAGGCGUGGCUUUUGAACUCUCCAGAAACGUCAUUACUCUCCAUCCUUGCAGAUCAAGGCUUUGAUGUGUGGAUUGGAAAUGUACGUGGGACAUUUUGGAGCUAUGGGCAUGUAUCUUUGUCAGAGAAAGACAAGGAAUUUUGGGACUGGACCUGGCAAGAAUUGGCUUUAUAUGACCUUUCAGAAAUGAUACACCACAUAUAUUCAACAACGAACUCCAAAAUUCUAAUUGUUGGACAUUCUCAGGGGUCAAUGAUGAGUCUAGCUGCUCUUACUCAGCCAAAUAUAGUGGAAAUGGUGGAAGCAGCUGCUUUUUUGUGUCCAAUUUCAUACCUGAAACAUUUCAGUGCUCCACUUGCAACUAAAUUGGUUAGCAUACAUCUAGAUGAGAUUGUUCUGGCCAUGGGCAUACAUCAAUUGAACAUAAGAAGCGAAACAUUCACUAAACUUUUGAAUUCCAUAUGUGACGGUCAUGUAGAUUGCAAAAACUUGCUAAGUUCAGUAAUAGGGAAGAAUUGUUGCCUUAAUAGCUCAAGUAUAGUCAAACUUUAUACGUAUGAACCUCACCCAACAUCUGCAAAAAAUAUGGCUCAUCUUUGCCAGAUGAUUCGUCAGGGUACUUUUUCCAAAUAUGAUUAUGGAAGAUCUGAAAACCUGAAGCUAUAUGGUCAGGAGAAACCUCCAGAAUUUGAUCUUAGUUUAAUUCCCAAGUCAUUUCCAUUAUGGAUGGGCUAUGGGGGUUAUGAUGCUGUAGCAAACGUGACAGAUGUGGAGAACACUAUUAAGAAGUUUCAGACCAAACCUGAGUUGCUUUAUAUAGAGAACUAUGGUCAUAUAGAUUUCCUCAUGAGUGGACAUGUAAAGGAAGAUGUUUACAACCAUAUGAUUGGAUUUUUCAGGUCACUGGGAAAGUCUAGAACUUGAAUUUCACUGGGAAAGUCUAGGACUUGAAUUGGCUACCUGCAAUCUUA